AUGUUUCCCAACCCUCUAACUUCUACUCCCUUUUCAGUAAAGGAUAUUUUGAAUCUGGAGCAGAACCAAGGCGAAAUGGCCUCUCUGGAAAUAUCGCCACGGCUUGAUACUGCGCUGCCCACCUCUUCCUGCAUGCUGGCAAAGUUCAAACAGGAGCCGUUCGUGGAGAUGACUCCCGGAACCUCUCUGUUCAGCGACGAUGUCCCAGAACUGAAGGCCAACAAAACUUCUUCUCUCAACUUCACGGCUGCCUUUUAUGGCAAAAAUUUCUUGGAAAUGGACAUCAUCAAAGACACAAAGACGGACAAUGGUUUUGAAGAAAAACAAAGAAAAGGUGAUGACUGUUUUAUGGCCUACUCUCAAAGUGAACCGGCAGACGAAGCAAAGACCGAGGACGCGGAACGCCCGAGACAGAGAAAGAGGAGAAAGCCCCGCGUGCUCUUCUCCCAGGCCCAGGUGUACGAGCUAGAACGGAGAUUCAAACAGCAGAAGUACCUGUCCGCUCCUGAGAGAGAUCACCUGGCCAAUGUGUUAAAACUAACAUCCACGCAGGUGAAGAUCUGGUUCCAAAACCGGCGGUACAAGUGCAAGAGGCAGCGGCAAGACCAGACUUUGGAGAUGGUCGGAAUCCCGCCGCCGAGACGCAUAUCUGUCCCUGUUCUGGUUCGGGACGGGAAGCCUUGCCUCGGAGACACGUCCUCAUACAGCACUUCAUACAACGUCGGCAUUAAUCACUACACUUACAACACAUACCCGGCCUUCAGCAACUACUCCAGUCCGGGUUGUAAUACAAACUAUGCGUGCAACUACCCCACAGCCGCAAUGCAAACCAUCCAAUCAUCCUCAGCCGGCAGCAACUAUAUGAACUUCGGCGUUGGGGACCUCAGUAACGUUCAGACCCAGUUCCAGUCUAGCAACGGAGUGUCAUCGCUGCAUGGAAUCAGAGCCUGGUGA